AUGUCACCUGCAGAAGAAAAGAGCCUACCUCUUCCAGAGAGAUGGCCCCGGGCCAGCAAAUUCGCUCUGUCAGCCUGUGCAGCGGCUGUGGCAGAACUAGUGACAUUUCCCCUGGAUCUCACGAAAACUCAACUGAAGGUCCAAGGUGAAGCUGCUGUUCAUCACAGUGAAGUUGCUGCUGGCCAGACAGUCCCUUACUGUGGCAUGCUGCGCACUGCAGCUGGCAUUGUGCAAGAAGAAGGCUUACAAAAGCUCUGGCAAGGAGCCACACCGGCUGUCUACCGCCACAUAGUGUACUCUGGUGUUCGGAUGGAUCUCCGUGACUCUGUGCUUGGCAGGGCUGAGGAAGACACCUUUCCUCUCUGGAAACCUGUAGUUGGAGGCAUGUCUGCAGGUGCCAUUGGACAGUUUUUUGCCAGCCCAGCUGAUCUGGUGAAGGUGCAGAUGCAGAUGGAAGGAAAAAGGAAAUUGGAAGGAAAGCCAUUACGGUUUCAAGGAGUGCACCAUGCAUUUAUGAAGAUCCUCUCUGAAGGAGGAAUACGGGGCCUUUGGGCUGGAUGGGUUCCAAACGUCCAGAGGGCUGCUUUGGUGAAUAUGGGAGAUCUGACCACUUACAACUCAGUGAAACGCUUUUUGCUUCUGAACACACCACUUGUGGACAACAGCCUGAUUCACAGUGUUGCCAGUUGCUGUUCUGGCCUGGUAGCUGCUGUUCUGGGAACUCCAGCUGAUGUGGUCAAAACUCGGAUAAUGAACCAGCCGAGAGAUAAGCAUGGAAGAGGUCUGCUGUAUAAGUCUUCCACGGACUGCUUGUUUCAAAGUAUACAAGGUGAAGGGUUUCUGUCUCUAUACAAAGGCUUUAUACCAACUUGGAUGCGAAUGGCUCCAUGGUCACUGGUGUUCUGGCUUACAUAUGAACACAUCAGAAGGAUUUGUGGAGUGAGUUCUUUUUAA